GAUCACUCAGUCUGUGCAAAUGAAGGUCUUCUGUCCUCUGCUGCUCCCCCGCAGUGCGCAUCCCCUGCAGAGUCUGUUGGAGUUCUGCCAUGGGAGCUUUUACACCUGCUGAAUGAUCCACUGUUCAGUUGACAGUGAUGUCACGGCUUUGCUACAGUGUCUUGGCGGCUGAUUUGAGUAUAGCCUAGACAGUGCUUGUGCACCUGCUGCUGUGCCUCGUCAUAUUCUACUCUCUCUACUACAUGAUUGGGAGUGUGUGUUUCGGCGCGUUCAGGUGCGACACUUUUAUUUUCCUCUCUCUGCGUGCACGUGUGGUUAUUGGGUUGGAUCACUUUGAUGGACUUAUUCCCUUUGACUUUAAGACUGAACCAACCAAUUUGGAGUCCAACUCCAAAUACCUGGUGAACCUGCUGUCCAUGGAGUUGACCUAUUUCUGCAGUGGUCUGCUGUUUGCAGCCGUGGUGAGGAGAUGGGUCUGGGACUACGCUCUCACAGUCACAUUACUGCACGUACUGCUCACCAGCCUGGUGAUGUUGGAGUUUCCCUUGGUAUGGCAGUGGUGGCUGGCCCUUGGCAGCGGGUUGUUUCUGAUGAUCUGUAACGGUCAGCUGAUAGCUUACUUCACCUGCCAGAGUGACCAGAGUUACCCCACCUUCAACAGCUACUGAGUACACACACACACUGACUAGAGUUCUUUGCAGUGAGUCCGGUGGAAAUGGAGGGAAACCAAAUGUUCCUGUUUGAUUGUUGCACUUGGUGUCUGGGAAGCCGGUCCAACAGAAACAAAUUGAGCCAAGUGAUUCUCCAAUGAGCAAGCUUGAGUCCAGGAAACAGCUCUUAUGUCAUAUCUGUAGUAUGUAAUUGAAUGUUAAUCUUAUGUCAGACAAUAUUAAUCAUGUAAUUUAUCUUAGAAGUAUUAAACCAGCUGUAACCUCA